AUGCCUGGGGCUGGGGCGGCAUCGCCGGCUUUUGGCUCCGCCUGGCCCGAGCCCGGCCCCGGCCCCGACGCAGGGUCCAGUCCCGGCCCCGAGCCCGAGCCCGACCCCGAGCCCGGCCCCGGCCUCGACUCCUCCCGGGGCCCACGGAGGAUACAGGCGGCGUUGCCUCUCCCGCCGCCUCCGCUGCGGCUUUCCCGGCCCGAGUUCCGCCGCUCUGCAGCGCAGCCGCCGGCCCCGAGCCUCCCGUGGAAGGCGCAGGAGGCCCUGCAGGAGCGGUACCGCCUGGGUUCCCUGCUGGGGCGCGGCGGAUUCGGCAGCGUGUGCUCGGGGACGCGGCUCUCGGACGGCGCCCCGGUGGCCAUCAAACGCGUGCCGCGGGAUCGCAUCCGGCACUGGGGCGAGCUGCCCGACGGCACCAGCGCGCCCCUGGAGAUCGUGCUGCUGGCCAAGGUGUCCUGUGGCUGUGCUGGUGUCAUUCAGCUCCUGGAGUGGCUUGAGCUCCCCGACAGCUUCUUGAUGGUGCUGGAGCGUCCAGAACGGUGCCAGGAGCUCUCGGAUUUCCUGGCGGAGCGGAGGUUCCUGCCGGAGGAGGAGGCGCGGGGGCUGUUCCGUCAGGUGCUGGAGGCCGUGCGGCACUGCACCAGCUGCGGGGUCCUGCACAGGGACAUCAAGCCCGAGAACAUCGUGCUUGACCUGGCCAGCGGGCAGCUGAAACUGAUUGACUUUGGCUGUGGCGCUUUCCUCCAAGACACAGCCUACACCCAGUUUGCAGGAACCCUGGCCUACAGCCCUCCAGAGUGGACCCAGCACCAAAGCUACCAUGGCGAGGCAGCGACGAUCUGGUCCCUGGGCCUCCUGCUGUACCAGCUGGUCGUGGGGAAGCACCCGUUCAGGAGGGGCCAGGAGAUCAUCUGGGGGCGCAUUUUGUUCCCACCACGGCUCUCUCAAGAGUGCCAAGAUGUCAUUAAGAGGUGUUUGUCCAUGCAACCCUUGGACAGGCCAUCAUUAGAAGAGCUUUUCUGCCAUCCUUGGGUGCAGGGUGCUCCUCGGCCCUAGAAGAUGAGAGAGAUCCAUGUGCACAGUUGGAUCCAGGGGCCUGGCAGGUAGGAGCUCCACACAUUUCUUGGCACUCAGUGGCAAAGCAAACCAGACUGGUUUUGUCCUGCCUGUAGCUCUGAGCAGGGGUCAGCAGAAGGGAACAUGCAGCUCUUGGGCUGGAGCUGAGCUGGAGAUCUGGUGUGGCAAGCACUGGUGGCCACCAUCCCCCCUGGUUUUGCUUGUCUGCUUCAUGGAUGGCUGGGGCCCUGGGCAGAGCCCUGACAGCCUGGUCUGCUCCCAGGGAAGGAGAAGGAGCUCCUGGAGAAGCUGUACCAGGUGGGGCUGCUGCUGGAGACAGCAAGGACAACCUCAAGGACAACAAUCUCUUCCUUGGCCUGGCCAGCUGAAGAUGAUGGACUUGGAUUCUGGCAGCUUCUCUAAAGACACACUCCACACCCAAUUUGCAGCUGGGCUCUGCGGAUGCUGAGGCUGCUCUGGGCUCUGGCAGGGCUCUGCUGGAGCUCAGCACCGGGCUGGAAUCAGCCAAAGAAGAAAUGGUGUCACCUGCAGCACAGACUUGCUUGAGCAUUUUGACAACGCAGCUCAAGUUUGCAGCGUGGACACCUCCAAUGGAAAA